AAUGAUUUGGGAUCACAGCGACCAGACAGUCAAUGUAUGACCUUAAGAGUGUUUGUGAAGAGCAGACCUGCUGCAAAUCUGUGAUCACAAUCUCCGAGUCAAAUAAUCUUAACACCACAAACAGAGCGCUGCAGUGUUUUCGAUCACAGAGCGGUUUAACAGGAACCUUUCUUCACUCGGCUGUGUUACGCCGGGGGACACUGUUUCUCGCAACAUUCCCGCCAUCCGAACCUUUGCACACAAACAAUACUGCAUUGUUUGCAGGUUGUUAAAUGCGCCGUCCUCAUUUAAGGGCUCGAAGAUGACUACGCUCAUGAGGUUUCCGAGACUUCGGCAUGCAAAGUCAUACUUUUAUUACAACUGUCACCCCGGUGCUGCCCCGAAGUGCACUUCGAAGAAAACAUUCUGGAGCCUCAGCUACUCGCGUAACUCACUGAAGAAAAGUGUCGGCAGCAUUGUGUGCUGUUACGUCCAGACACCCAGAAGAAAUGCCUCGACGAGUCAGAAGACUGUCCGGGUCGGCUGCGCCUCAGGCUUUUGGGGAGACACGGCCACCGCAGUUCCACAACUUGUGUAUGGAGGGAAGCUGGACUUCCUUGUGUUUGACUACCUGUCUGAGAUAACUAUGUCUCUGCUUGCAGCUGCUAAAUCCAGGUCAACGGACCUUGGGUACACACCGGAUUUUGUGCAUACAGCUAUGGCUCCUUACAUUAAAGACAUCCAUGAAAAAGGAAUCCGUGUGGUCAGUAAUGCAGGUGGUGUAAACCCCCAAGCUUGUGCUGUCGCUCUGCGGGAGGUAGUGAAGAAAGCCGGCCUCAGCAUGAAGAUUGCAGUCAUCACAGGAGAUGACAUGAUGGCCGAGAAAGAUUCACUUAAGGAGGCAGGAACUACGGAUAUGAACAGCAAUCGGAUAUUUCCAGAAAAUAUAACAAGCAUAAAUGCCUAUUUAGGUGCAUCACCUAUAAAGAGAGUCCUGGACCUCGGAGCUGAUAUUGUGGUGACCGGACGAUGUGUCGACAGUGGGUUAGUGCUGGGACCACUCAUGCAUUCGUUUGGCUGGAAACCACAACAAUAUAACCUUUUGGCAGCUGGCAGUCUUGCAGGACACUUGAUUGAGUGUGGAUCUCAAAGUACAGGAGGGAUAUUCACAGAUUGGCAUAAAGUGCCAGCCUGGGAUAAUAUAGGCUUCCCAAUUAUUGAAUGCUCGUCUGAUGGAACAUUCAUUUUGUCGAAACCUCCAAAGACGGGUGGUCUUGUGUCAUUUGGCACUGUAGCAGAACAGUUGGUGUAUGAAAUUGGAGACCCAAGUUGUUAUCUUCUUCCUGAUGUCACGUGUGACUUUUCCCAGGCUACCAUUACUGAAAUUCCAGGUAUUGACGGUGGAGCUGUACGAGUGCAGGGUGCAAGGGGUUCCUCUCCCUCAAACAGCUACAAGGUUUGUGCCACCUAUAUGGAUGGAUACCGAGCCACAGCAGUGUGUCCUGUGGGGGGCCCAAGGUCGGUGGAAAAGGGAAGACGAACAGCAGAAAGUAUUUUAAAGAGAACACGGAGAAUAUUUAAGCAGCUUGGGCUUGAUGAUUUCACUGCUGUAAAUUUACAAGUGCUUGGCUCCGAAGAUACUUAUGGACCACAUGCAAAUACAAAAGAUUAUGGACCUCGUGAAGCCGUGGUGUGGUUAGCCGUUCAUCAUCAUCAAAAGCAAGCUUUAGAAAUUUUUGCAAGAGAAAUUGCGCCUGCUGGAACAGGAAUGGCUCCAGGACUAACAGCAAUAGUUGGAGGACGGCCGAAAAUGUCCCCGGUGCUGAAGCCUUUCUUUUUCCUGCACCCCAAAGCAAAACUAAAGGUUGAUGUUUAUAUUAAUGAAGAACACAUUGAAACAAUGGAAGAAAACGGCAUUCCUGAAGCCACUUCUGCCAUGCCCCCGAAGAAAGAGAAAAAGGGGGAUGACCUGAAAGACUUACCAAGUGGUCCACAUAAAUACAGAUUAGAAGACCUUGCCUAUACAAGAAGUGGAGAUAAAGGUGACACUGCUAAUAUCGGUGUCAUAGCACGUCACCCCCUUUAUUACCCAUAUUUAAAGAAAACCCUGACGGCUCACGCAGUGGAAGAAUAUUUUCAACAUCUGAUAAAGAAGGACGUAACUACAGCACCGUAUGUUUCAAGGUACGAGCUGCCCGGAAUCCAUGCUUUGAAUUUUGUUAUAAGGAACUCCUUGGGUGGUGGAGGGGUUGCAUCCCUUCGUAGUGACCCUCAGGGUAAAGCUUUUGGGCAGAUGCUGUUAGAUUUCAAGAUAAGAGGAGUACCCAACUUGAAAUCCCUGAUAGACUAGGUGGUCUGGUAAAUAAAUUGCAUUUCCAUCCGUAGCAUUAGUGCCUGCGUGUUAACGGCUUACACAGGAUAUAGAAAAACGUAAGCUGCUACACGCAACUGUAGACAUUUCUUUUAUACGAUAAACAGACUUUGUUAACAAUUUCAUUGAGCUUCUCUGAUUUAUCAAAUGUAUGAAACCACUAUAAUGGAUCUACAUUCAUGUACUGUAAAAGUGGCAAAAUACUUUCAUAGUUUACAGAUCUAUAUUUUUUAAAUUACUAAAAUAAAAAGAAAAAAAGACUCCAGCAGCAUUUCCACAAGUUAUAUUUUGUAGCAGGCAGUUUACUGCUGGUCUGCAAAUGGGUGAUUAUGUUUUGAAAUUAAACACGGUGCCAUAGACAGUCGUUAUUUUUAUAUUAAUGCUCGUUUGGCUUGUAAUGAUUUAGAACUGCUGCUCUAAGCGUAGUCUUCUUUUUUAAGUGCAGAACUAACAUGUUUACAAGUGUUAUGCAAAAGGAGACGGUACGACUUUACUAAAGUGGCCUUCUACGUUAAGCUGCUCCUUCUCCUACAUUUCAAUUAUAAAAGUGCCUUUACAGCGCUGAAAUACAUGUGUUUGAGGUCAGUCCAGAAGAAAAGUCUUCUUAUGGGGAAAUGUAUAAAAACUGAAGAGCCGUGCCUGUAAAAUCAUAAAGUUUUAAUAAAGAUAAAGCAAAUGUAAGUAAGCGCAUUACAAAAUCUUCACUUGAAUUUGUAUCUUUGCUUUUGAACAAAUAAAAUAUGAACUUAUAGAAUUCUUUGUUUCAGCAUUUUGCCUUGGAAUCAAAAGUAGUUUGUGUUAUAAGGGGUUAGCUAGCAGCUACAGUAGAUACAAUACAAUACAAUUUAUUUUUGUAGAGCCCAAAAUCACACAAGGAGUGCCGCAAUGGGCUUUAACAGGCCCUCCCUCUUGACAGCCCCCCAGCCUUGACUCUCUAAGAAGACAAGGAAAAACUCCCA